AUGGGCCUAUCGGAGCUUUUCGCCGACUUCGUGAGCGCCGUCGGCUUCACGGAAGUCCAGGCUGAGGCGCCGCCUGCGGAGGAUACUCCUGCCCCAGUCGAAGAGGCUGAGGAGGACGCCCCCGAAGCCGCUGCCGAAGAAGCCGAGGAAGCCGAGGAAGAGGACGCAGAAGAGGAAGAAGAGGAGGAGGAGGAGGAGGAAGAGCCAGAAGAUAUCAAGCCCAAGUUGGAGGAGGGUGAGUUCUUACGCUCUGCUGUUUUGAGCUUUGGUUCUGUCGACAAGAUUGUUGGAGCGUCGAAGCGGCCGGAUGGUUUUUAG